CACCAUCUCUGAUCAUCGACACCAAGCAAAGAAUCAAACAAUUCCUAGUUCCACUUUGCCAGUCCUACCAAAGCACAUUUUAGCCAUGGCUAGUCCAUUUUUCAAAGUUAUUCCAGUACGGCCUGUGCUCCGCGAUCAGUGUGAGAUUACCAUGAGAUUGUACUUGCACCAAGUUGUUACAGGGCCAAACCACAACCAAGAAACAAUGGUGCCCUCAUCACAUCCCGCUUCGUUUGGUAUGAUUGUUAUCAACGAUUGGCCUAUCUAUGAUGGACCUGACUUCAACACAAGUACUAUUGUUGCACAUGCAAGAGGAAUGCAUGUCCAGGUUGAUCAAGUUAACAACACCUGGUACACAUCUAUGAACAUAGAGUUUGUGGAUGCCAGGUUUAAUGGAUCAAAGCUUCAGGUGAUGGGGACUACUCCAGAAACUGGUGAGUGGGCCAUUGUCGGUGGGACUGGACAACUUGCUAUGGCAUAUGGCACUAUUCAGCACAACAUAGUCAAGAACAAUCCUGGCAUUGAGACAACUAGACAGCUUGACAUUCAUGCAUUCUAUAGUACUCCACAAACACAAGCUGAUGUAAUGACUACAACGAAUACAAUAGACCAGCAGGCCGAAUAAUGCAUCAUGCAGCAGUCCAAGUACAAGAAAUGGUGGAACUACUCGGAAAAUAAAUAAUGGUGUGGUUUGAUGUCUAUUGUGUACAUUCACGUCAAAAGAAAAUGUCUAUUGUGUAUAUUGCUGGCAAUCGUCAUCAGAACGAAGGGCAUGUGAUGUUACCGUGCUAUAGCACAUUUGUUUGUUUUUGUAAAACAAUAUGUUUUAAUUGCUCUUUGUUAUAUAUGUACUGUUUGAUUGUGAACUAUGGAUCAUAACUUAUAUGUCUGAUCCUUGGAAUAAAGAAAUUUGUUUCAGAAAAA